ACCUGCAAACCCUUCUCCUUCCUCUCUCGACCUCGCUCUCGCUCACCCUCGCCGCCUCUCGCUCUCUGCCUCCUCUCUUUUGCUCGUCCACUCGCACUCGCGCUCGCUCUCUGCCUCUCUCUUGCUCUCGCUCGCCCUCGCUGCCUCUCGCUCUCGCUCGCCCUCCGGCCCUCGUUGCCUUUCUCCUUCUCUCGCUCGACCCCUCUCGCUCUCGCUCGCCCUCGGCCCCUCGCUCUCUGCCUGACUGCCUCUCUCUUGCUCUCGCUCGCCCUCGCCCCCACGCUCGCUCGGCCAGUCGCCCUCGACCCCACGCUCGCUGCCUCUGAUUCAGAUUUUCGUUUUACCCCCCAAACUUCCAGUCUCCAGAUCUGCUUCAUUCGAGCAGGGAUCUGUAUUACUGGAAUGUUUUCUCUUCUUUGAUUCUCUCGAUUGACAGCUAAAUCUAGAUAGUUUUUCUGUUUUUCGGCCAUAUUUUUUUUACCUGUUUAUGGUUGAUUUGUUGUUGAAGUCUCUGCCUUUUUUCAGCAAGUUUUAAGUAAGUGAUUUUUCUAACUUUGUGUCUGCUUGCCUAUUUGACUACUGCAUUUAGUUAGGAAUUGUCGUGGUUGGAAGCCUGGAAUUUGUUAUUGUGAAUCUGUGAUUGGAUAUUUGAAUCGACCAUACUUUUGCCUUCUCUUGUUUGAACUCUAGAAAUAGAGUUGUUGUAAUGGCCUUGCAUUUGCCUCAAAUCUUGAGUUAAAUAUUUUAAUUGUUCGAUUAUUGAAUUGUGCUAUUUUAUUUGUGUAUUUUAGAAUUUAGAAUGGAACAACAAUCUUCUUCAAAGAAAGAAAAAACAUUGUUAUCUUUUUUCAGAAAGAGAGAUCAUCAUACCAGUGAAAGUACUUCAAUUCAUAGUGUGCAAAAUUAAUCUAGUGAAUUUACAUCAAUUCCUUCAAGUUUAUCUCCUGAAAUUUACAUCAAUCUAGAUGAAUUUUUUGUUUCAAAACCUCGUCGAGCACAAGUUUAAUGAAAAUUUGUUGUACUGAUUUUUUGGUUACAUAAGAAUUUUAUUAUAUUAAGUUUUUAAAAUUUCAGCCCCCCCAACCUAAAUUCCUGGAUCUGCCCCUGGUUAUCAGCCUUCCCCCUCCGAACAACGAGGGAGGAUUCAAUUCAAAAAUCCCGUAAGAGAUCCUCCAAUGGCAGUCGCCACGAACUUUGCCUUGCUGUUUGAAAUCACUUGAUUCUUUUGCUUUGAUUCCUCAACGAUUCCGUCCAUUUGGCAUGCGAAUGUAGGUAACUUAGCAAAUGCCCAACUUCCUACUCAAACCAAGCCAUUGCAUACGCUCUUCGCUUGAAGAUACUGUUAAGUUCUUAAAACUCUUUGCUGAUACUAAAAAAUUGAACUUGGGUAGAAUAAUUCAUGCCCAGUUGAUCGUAACUAAACAAGCCACUCCAGACCAUGUGAUCUCCACGAAUUCAUUGAUAAAUCUCUACUCAAAAUGUGGCCAUGUUGUAACUGCUCGCCAACUGUUUGAUAGAAUGCACGAACGGAAUGUGGUUUCAUGGAGUAGUUUGAUGGCUGGAUAUUUGCAUAACGGGUUUCCUGUGGAGGUUCUGUGGUUGUUCAAGGCCAUGCCACUGGCAGAUGAUUUGCGCCCAAAUGAGUAUGUACUGGCAACAGUCCUUUCUUCUUGUUCUGACAGUGGGUCUUUUGUAGAGGGCCGACAGGGCCAUGCGUAUGUGUUGAAAACUGGACUGGUGUUGCAUCAGUAUGUCAAGAAUGCACUUACGUGCUUGUAUUCGAUGUGUUCAGACUUGGAAGGGGCCAUGAGUGUUUUAAAUUCAGUGCCCGAAUCAGAUGUUUUUACAUAUAAUUCUAUUAUUAAAGGACUUAUGGAACAUGGGUACUUGAAUGAAGCAUUUGAAGUUCUUGGUAGGAUGGUAGGCGGGUGUGUGACAUGGGAUACUGUUACUUAUGUUACUGUUUUUGGCCUUUGCACUGGUCUGAAAGAUUUGAAACUGGGUUUGCAAGUUCACAACCGCUUGUUGAAGACAGAUAUUGAGUUUGAUGAGUUUAUCGGUAGUGCAAUUAUAGACAUGUAUGGGAAAUGUGGCAACAUAGCAAUGGCAAGGAAUGUAUUUGAUGGGCUACAAAAGAAAAAUGUAGUCGCAUGGACAGCAAUAUUGGCCUCUCACCUACAAAAUGGGUGGUUUGAGGAAGCACUGAAACUCUUCUUUGACAUGGAACUUGAGGGUAUAAUACCAAAUGAAUAUACCUUUGCUGUAUUGCUGAACUCAUGUGCUGGUUUAUCUGCACUUGGACAUGGAAAUUCAGUUCAUGCACGUAUUCAGAAGGUUGGAUUCAGGCAUCAUGUUAUUGUGGGAAAUGCUCUCAUCAACAUGUAUGCAAAAGGUGGGAACAUUGAAGCUGCGAGUAAAGUGUUUGAUGAUAUGGUAUAUCGAGAUUUUGUUACUUGGAAUGCAAUGAUAUGUGGAUACUCGCAUCAUGGGCUUGGUAAGGAAGCUUUGAUUGUGUUCCAAGACAUGCUAGCUGCUGAGGAGCCUCCUAACUAUGUUACCUUUGUUGGAGUUCUUUCUGCUUGCGGACACUUGGGUUGGGUAAGAGAAGGCUUCUACUAUUUGAACCAAUUAAUGAAUCAACUUGGGAUUGAAGCUGGAUUGGAGCACUACACCUGUAUUCUUGGGCUUCUAGGAAAAGCUGGUUUACUUGCACAAGCUGAAAAUUUCAUGCGGUCUACACCAGUCAAAUGGGAUGUUGUUGCCUGGCGUACUUUGCUGAGUGCUUGUCAUAUCCAUAGGAAUUAUCAAUUAGGGAAGGAAGUUGCAGAAAUUGUGUUGAAUAUGGACCCUAACGAUGUGGGAACUUAUAGUUUGUUGUCUAACAUGCAUGCCAGGGCCAAGAGGUGGGAUGGAGUCGCCAGGAUUCGCAAGCUAAUGCGAGAAAGGAUUAUAAAAAAAGAACCUGGUGCUAGUUGGAUAGAGAUAAGAAAUCAUACUCAUAUAUUCGUCUCAGAUGAUAAUAAACACCCUGAAUUUAGUCAGAUUUAUGAGAAGGUAAGGGAACUGCUGGCCGAGAUAAAGCCCUUGGGCUAUGUGCCAGAUCUUGCUAUUGUACUGCAUGACGUGGAGGAGGAACAAAAGGAGCAUUAUCUUAGUUAUCAUAGUGAAAAGCUGGCAAUAGCAUAUGGCCUCAUGAAAACACCUGCAGAAGCACCAGUUCAUGUCAUUAAGAACCUAAGGAUGUGUGGAGAUUGUCACUCUGCUGUGAAGCUUAUCUCAAAAAUCACUAACAGAAUGAUAAUUGUGAGAGAUGUUAAUCGUUUCCAUUCUUUUCGAGAUGGAUUAUGUUCUUGUGGGGAUUAUUGGUGACAUUUCUAGAGCAAAUGUGAAAGAAGUCAGUUGCACGAAAUCAGGCUCUCUCUGUGGCGCAACUGAAGGAUAAUCGUUUUGUUCCAUGUUCAGCUAGUUGAAUUGGACAUUCUUCUCAGGGAACAUUAGUUCUAUGUCUCCCUUCGCCCUGGAAGUAUACCAUUGGGCUUAAUCUUUUAGAGACCUUAAUUAGUGACCACAGAAGGCCAUUGUGCAAGUGCAACCAGCCAGCUGCUGCUAGUCGAUAUGAAGAAACAUGCAUGGUCUAUGGUGGAGGAACAUCUACAAUUUCUUUGACUUGACAAACCAAUUGAAUUCCUUCUGAAUCAUGCGCUCAGAUCUUUGGUACCUUCUUCUGUAAAUGCAUUGUCAAAGUAUCCUAUUCAUGUCAUCAGAUUUAAUCAGAGGUUCCUUUUUCUUUAUUCACGAAGGCAACGAGCAAGUUUAGGCAAGUGAAAUGGAAAAAAGUUGUGUCCCAGAGGUUCGUUACCAUGAUGAUACAAAGUUCUACACAAAGGAACCCAUUCCUAGUGGAAACAGCCAAUCAAAGCAUUCAGCAAAAUCUUCGAAAAUCAAGUUCAAGGUAUGGACCACACACAAGGAGACCAGAAAAUUUGUUUAUGUACCUUCUCAAUUUCAUGUCCAGCUGCUUUGCAAUUUGUUGCAUUGUCGGUCACCACUUGAAGAACAUUUGAUGGUCCAAUUUCUUCAAUCGCCUUGAGUAGAAACUUAGCUAUAGCAGAACCUAUUUUUUCAACUCCAGAGAAGUCUUCAGCAUACAUGAACAUUGCUCCUCUAGAGUUGACGGCAAGAACAUUUAUCAAUGGCUUGUGCUUGACAUUUGUCCACCCAUCUGAUACAAUAGAGACACCUUGGCUGUACCAAGUGUCUUGGAUUGGACUCAAGUCUUUCUCCACAUUUCUUUUACAUUCAUCUAACAAGACAGUUCUUGCCUUUUCAAAAGAUGGAGCUUUGUAACCUUUUGGGCCUCUGUUAAUUGCUGUUACCAUCUCCACAAAUUGAGGAUUUCGCAAAACAUUAAAUGGAAUCCCAUUUGCACAAAGUCCUCUCAUCACCUUUAAAUCAACUUGUUCUCUUUCCAGGAUAUGGAAGGAAUCUUCAAUGGGUUUUGAAACCAUAGGCUGUUGCUUCUUGUUGACAGUAGAUGUUUUUAAGGAUGAAGAUAUACCAUGUUGCUCUGCUGCUUAGACUUUUCUGCUAAUUCUUCCAUAUUCUUCCCGAUUCUUCAUUAAUGUAGGACACCGUUGAAUGCCAGCUUUCUUCCCUGGUCCAGGCCCAAAGAAGUGUUGGUGAACCCUAGUCACCAGUAACAAUAACAACUUCAUUCCAUAGUGGCGGCUUUGAUAAUAAAUCUGCUUCUGUAGGAUGCUGGGUUGUCUGUGCAAGUUGCAAAAAUUAGAUUUUCAUCUUGUUGGAACUCUUCCGCAUUUUCACAUGACUCUUCACUAUCACUGGAAUUAGAUUUUUGGCUCUCAUGAGAAGCAAUAGUGUUAUCAGGUAAAGGCUCCUGCAGUUUUCUCUUGCCAAAUACCAUAUUGACAAAAGUUGAAGACAAAGAGAAACGCAGAUGAAUAAGGAUACGAAGAGGAUGGGUUGCUAAGUUCUAUUGGGAUUCAUAUAUAAGAGAAUAUCUCUUGAGCCUUUUAGUAUUCCCAGGCCUUGUUUAAAAUUUGAUAGAUUAAGUUAGUUUUCCUUUUUAAUGUCUUUUACUUGAUUAUUAACUUAUUAUUCUCACGGUUAAGAACUUAAGAUAAAACUGUACAAGAAACUUCUUAUUUAUUUAAAAAAAAGAAAAGAAAACAGGACACUUACUGUUAAUUAUACUUAA